GUGAUGAGGAGUGCUCUGCUGCUGCUGGCCUCUCUGGCCUUUGCCUCCAUGAUUUAUUUUGCUGAUGGAGCUAAUAGAUAUGUGAUGUCUGCUCCCAACUUGCUUCGAGUGGGGACAGCAGAAAACAUCUUUGUCGAGUGUCAAGAGUGCACACAAGACACUCAAGUCACAAUCAACGUGAUGAACCAUCCAACAAAAUCUAAAAAGCUGGCAACCACAUCUGUGACGCUCAAUAAUGGCAACCACUACCAGCAGCUCGGGAAAAUAACCAUCCCACCUGGAGAAUUCAACAGGGAUCCAAAUUUAAAGCAGUACGUUUAUCUUCGAGCCAUUUUCCCCACUCGUGAGCUGGAGAAAGUUGUCUUGGUGUCCUUCCAGUCUGGUUAUAUCUUCAUACAGACUGACAAGACCAUCUACACCCCCGACAGCAAAGUUCUUUUCAGGAUCUUUGGACUUACACCAGGAAUGGAGCCGGUGGAAAGGGAUGCUGCAAAUCAAGUUGAUGCCACUAUCUCCAUUGACAUUGUGACUCCUGAGGAUAUCGUCGUAGCACUUGAUCCAGUGGCUCUAAAUUCAGGUAUUCAUACUGGAGAUUACCAGCUUGCUGAUAUUGUAAGCCCUGGAUUGUGGAAAGUGGUGGCAAGGUUCAACAGUAACCCACAACAGAGCUAUCAUGCAGAGUUUGAGGUCAAAGAAUAUGUGCUUCCCAGUUUUGAAGUUAAACUCUCGCCUGUUAUACCGUUCUUCUAUGUGGACAGUGACCUGCUCACCAUCAAAAUCCGAGCUACCUAUCUGUUUGGAAAAGACGUGGAUGGAACUGCCUAUGUCGUCUUUGGAAUUAUAGACGAUGGUCAGAAGAAGGGCCUCCCAGGCUCGCUUUCAAGAGUGCAAAUUCGCAACGGAGAAGGAGAGGUUGACCUUAAGAAGGAGCAGAUAACACAGACCUUCCCACAAAUUCUUCAACUCGUGGGGAAAUCCAUUUUUGUGUCUGUCAGCGUGUUGACAGAGAGCGGUAGUGAAAUGGUGGAAGCAGAGUUGAGAGGCAUCCAGAUCGUAACGUCACCCUACAGCAUCACUUUCAAGAGAACACCCAAAUAUUUCAAGCCAGGAAUGUCCUUUGAUGUUGUGGUUGAAGUUGUGAAUCCUGAUGGAACCCCAGCAGAGGGUAUUCCAGUGAUGAUCCCCCCUGAUGUGAGGGGCCUCACUGCGCCCAAUGGCAUGGCAAGGCUUACCAUUAAUACAGGAGUAGUGGACAAACUGACAAUCACCGCAACAACUGAGGAUCCUAAUAUUACACCUGAGAGGCAAGCAAAAGCAAAGAUGGAAGCUCUGCCAUACAAAGGCUUACAUUUUAUCCACAUAGGUGUGGACGCAGCCGAGGUCAAAUUAGGAGACAACAUGAAAGUCAACCUCAACCUCAAUGGGCAGCCAAAUAACCAACGAAGAGACAUUACAUACUUGAUCUCCAGCAGAGGCCAAAUAGUGAAAACCGGACGUUAUGAAAACAAAGGCCAAGUACUGAUUUCCCUGAUAAUUACAGUUACUAAAGAGAUGUUGCCGUCCUUCCGCAUCACUGCCUUCUACCAUCUAAGUGACACGGAGGUGGUAUCAGACUCUGUUUGGGUGGAUGUGAAAGUCUCCUGCAUGGGCUUGAUAAAACUGGAAGCAUCGCGACCAGCUGCCUCCUAUGAGCCUCGCAGGAUGUUUGGUCUGAGAGUCACUGGCGACCCAGAAGCCACAGUUGGACUGGUGGCGGUAGAUAAAGGUGUAUACGUCCUAAACAACAAGCACCGCCUCACCCAGAAAAAAGUGUGGGAUGUGGUAGAGAAGUAUGACACAGGCUGCACGGCGGGCGGAGGAAAGGACAGCAUGAGCGUGUUCUAUGAUGCUGGGCUAGUGUUUGAGUCCAGCACUGCUGCAGGAACGCCAUACAGACAAGAGCCGAAAUGUCCAAAACCCGCGAGGAGAAAAAGAGCUACAACUAUAUUGGAAGUCAGAACCACCUUAGUUAGUAAAUACGACAAUGAGCUGCAACGUGAUUGUUGUUUGGAUGGCAUGAAGAACACCCCACUGUCUUACACCUGUAAGCAGCGCAGCGAGUACAUAGUGGAUGGUCAAGCCUGCAUCGAAGCCUUCCUGUACUGCUGCACGGAGAUGGAAACCCAGAAAGCUGAGAAUAAAGAUGAAGAACUUCAACUUGCUCGGAGUUCAAAAGAUGAGAAUUACAUGGACAGCAAUGAAAUUGUGACUCGCACUAAGUUCCCCGAAAGUUGGCUGUGGUCAGACAUCAAACUUCCCGCUUGCCCCAGACAAAAUUGCGAGUCCACCUCUUGGGAGAAAAUGAUUCCUUUGCAAGACUCAAUCACAACCUGGCAGUUCACCGGCAUCGGCCUCUCAAGAACUCAUGGAAUAUGUGUCAGUGACCCAUUAGAGGUCAUUGUCAGGAAGGAAUUCUUCAUCGAUCUCAGGCUGCCUUAUUCAGCUGUUCGCGGAGAACAGCUAGAAAUAAAAACAAUACACAUCUCAGCUUCCUUUUUGUCUUGUUUUAAGGUUCGUAUGGACCUGACUGAACAAGAGAAUGUGUGCAGUGCAGCCUCCAAACGUGGCCGGUUUCGCCAGGAAGUCAGAGUUGGGCCCACUACUACUCGUUCCGUACCCUUCGUCAUUAUCCCCAUGAAGGAGGGUCAACACAGCAUCGAGGUCAAAGCUGCCGUUAAAAACUCCCACCUCAGUGAUGGAAUCAUGAAGAUGCUCAGGGUCGUGCCUGAAGGUGUACUAACCAAAGAGGCCAAGACUGUGACUCUGGAUCCAGCUAAUAAAGGAAAAGAAGGUGUACAAGAAGAAAUUUUGAACAAUAAUAUUCCAAAGAAUGGCUUGGUUCCAAAUGCACCCACUACCACACAGGUGUCAGUCACAGGAAGAGAGCAAGUGGCUGCACUUGUGGAGAAUGCUAUCAGUGGGAAAUCUAUGGGCACGCUGAUCAGACAGCCCACAGGCUGCGGAGAGCAGACCAUGAUCCAUAUGACCCUCCCUGUCAUCGCAACCACAUAUUUGGACAAAACCAACCAGUGGGAAGCUGUGGGAUUUCAGAGGCGAAAUGAAGCUAUUGAGCACAUAAAAACUGGCUACAGAAGAGAGCUGACUUACCGUAAAGGUGAUGGGUCAUUUGCAGUCUGGGUUAAUCAUCCGAGCAGCAGCUGGCUGACGGCAUUCGUUGUGAAAGUGUUUUCUAUAGCCUACAAGCUGGUGGCCAUAAAAAAUGAACACAUUUGUGAAUCAGUCAAGUAUCUGAUCCUCAACGCUCAGCAGCCCGACGGUUUAUUUAGGGAAGUUGGCAAAGUUAUCCACGGAGAGAUGAUUGGUGACGUGCGUGGCAAAGAUUCAGAUGCCUCCAUGACAGCCUUCAACCUAAUUGCCAUGCAGGAGGCUCGCACAAUAUGUGCCAACAGUGUUAAUAGUCUGCCAGGCAGCAUUGACAAAGCAAUCAGCUACCUGGAGAAACGUCUGCCAACUCUAACCAAUCCCUAUGCUGUCGCUAUGACGUCAUAUGCUUUGGCCAAUGAAGGAAAACUGGAUCGGGAGACCCUUUACAAGUUUGCAUCUCCAGAAUUGUCUCACUGGCCUGUACCUGGAAAAUAUGUGUUCACACUGGAGGCCACAGCUUACGCUCUCUUAGCUCUGGUCAGGAGCAAGUUAUUUGAAGAUGCAAGACCUGUUGUGAGAUGGUUCAACCAGCAGCAGUUUGUGGGUGGCGGUUAUGGAUCGACUCAGGCUACAAUCAUGGUUUACCAGGCUGUGGCUGAGUACUGGACCGAGGCUAAAGAGCCAGAAUAUAAUCUAAAGGUAGACAUUUUCAUGCCGGGAAGAGCAAAUCCUGAAAAGUACCACUUUACCAGAAACAAUCACUAUGCGACAAGAACAUCCAAAAUUAAUGACAUAAACCAGGAUGUGAAAGUGAGUGCCACAGGAUCCGGGGAAGCAACUGUGAAAAUGGUGUCUCUGUAUUAUGCUCUGCCUAAAGAAAAGGAAAGUGACUGCAAGAAGUUUGAUCUGAAAGUGGAGCUUAUUCCAGAAAAAUUGGCCGACAGUGAGAAGAUAUACAAGCUUAGAAUUGAGGUUUUGUACAAGAACAGCAUGCAGGAUGCAACCAUGUCGAUCCUUGACAUUGGCUUGCUUACUGGCUUCACUGUUGAUACAAAAGAUCUGGACCUUUUGUCUAAGGGCCGUGCGGCUACCAUCGCAAAAUACGAGAUGAACACAGUCCUGUCAGAGAGAGGCUCGCUCAUCAUUUACUUGGACAAGGUAUCUCACACACGGCCAGAAGAGAUUGCAUUUAGAGUCCAUCAGACAAUGAAAGUGGGCGUUUUGCAGCCAGGAUCCGUGUCUGUCUACGAAUACUAUGACCAAACGCCAUGUGUAAAAUUCUACCAUCCAGAGAGGGAAGCUGGACAACUCCUGCAGCUUUGCCAGAAUGAUGAAUGCACAUGUGCAGAAGAGAAUUGCAGUAUGCAGAAGAAGGGCAAAAUCAGCAAUGAUGAACGCACAGCCAAGAUUUGCGAGAGCACAGAGAUCAGCAAAAUUGACUAUGCGUACAAAGUUUUGGUGGAGAAUGUUGUAUACGAUUUGGCCACGGACAGUUAUGCAAUGAGGAUAACGGAAGUCAUCAAAGAAGGAAACACUGAUGUCGGUCCUUUGAAUAAACUGCGUGCAUUCCUUAGUUAUCAGCACUGCAGGGAAAGUUUGAAUCUUACUAAGGGCAAAACAUACCUGAUCAUGGGCUCGUCCAAAGACAUUCACAUUGAUGAGCAACAGCUGACGUACCAAUACGUGCUUGGUGAGAGAACUUGGAUUGAGUACUGGCCAACAGGCAGUGAAUGUCAGCAGGAUGAGUUCAGACCCGUGUGUCUGGGCAUGGAGGAGAUGGUUGAUCAGUACACAACCUUUGCCUGUCAGCAGUAGCUAAACUCGAGGAUGCGGUUCACCCUUUUUGGAUAGUUUGGAUUUUGCAUUCUGCUUGUAAAACAUUAAAUGUGACAUGUGGAUAUAAAAUAAGAAAGGUCACACUGUUGAUUAAAAUUUCAUGGUACGUACAAACGUUGACGUUGG